UUUAGCCGUCCACGAUGCGCUCCCCUAAACGUACUUGGCUAAGCUAAAGCCAACGCUUCGUGAUCAGCACUUGGGUUCCUUGUGCAUUCAGCACUUUUCUGACCGCGUGUGGAGCGGAAUCGAAGUAGAACGAAGGGAGAGGGACAGUAGACAGAAGUGUGAACUAGUCAGCAUUCGUUAGCACAUUCUCAGAGCGCUUUCUGGUGGAGUAGAGGAGAAAAACGGUACGGGUGGAGGAAAUGCGUCCUUCGAGAACGUCAGCAGCAGCUAAUGACAAGCUAUCGUUGCUACUGGGGACAUGCUCGCUACUCGCUAUUUUGCUAUGUUGCUUGACGUUGGUUAGCGGGCAGCCUGGAGGCGAAGGCCGUCAAAUAGUGUCUACGCAAUGUGCUGAAUGCAUCAUUGAUAAUUGUGCUGGUGAAGGUGCACAGCAACAGUGCUCAGAGUUUGAUGAUGGCUCUGGGCAGACACCGGACCAGCCGGAUCCUCCUAGUCCUGAGCUGCGAACGGUGUCUUUCCAUGGAGAGGGAUUCGUUCGCCAAGACGUCAGCCAUGUUGUGUCACCAGACGGCUCGUUUUCACUGUCCGUGCUGUAUCGCCUCUCUGCUGCAAUGGCAUCUGAAGAUCAGCUGCUGUUCCACAUAACCGGUGCAGAUGGUGCGGAUUCACUGAGUUUAAUUGUUAAUCACGACCGGAUCCGGAUGCUCAAGAAUGGGCAGAUCCGCGACGACUCAAUCUAUGGCGUUCAACCAGCAAGAAACGAGUGGCACAAGAUUGAGUUCAGCUUUGGAGGAGGUGCUGCGUCAACAUCUCGAGAUGGAGUCUUCAGCAUAGACAAUCAGCCAGUGGAUCUGGUGUAUGCUGUGAUCAACUUCAAGACUCUGUGGGUUGGUGGCAUAGCCCAAGCAGACCAGAGUGGCCUGCAGGGACGGGAGUUCUCGAAUUUCCACGGUUGCGUGCACAACCUUCAAGUCAACAAUGUAUUGCUGCAGGAUAACCGGGUGCUACAGCCGCCUAUACCGGGACUGAUAUACCGGCAAGCGGCCAGGGGUGCCGACACGCACGCUGUACGCCACGGCUGCUACCAGAGCACCGUGUCCGGGCAGGAGCGACGACGCAGUGCGCUCAGCUUCCAGGCCAGCAAUGCGUUUGCAGCUCUCAACCAUUCUCUGAUUGUAGAGCCCGGCAAACAAUCGAUCAGCUUGCAGUUCUUGGCUCCGCACGACGGCAGUGGUAUUCUUCUGUUCCAGAAGCUGGCUAAUGGGAACACUGGAAUUCUUGUGGACAUUGUUGCGCCUGGCAAUCGCGUACGACUUUGUGUGCGAGGCCCAUCAUCAGCUGUCCGCUGCGCAACUGAAGAUGUACUCCAAGUCUCGGCAGGCUGGCGUGAGCUGAGUCUGAGCGUACAGCCAGCAGAUGCACAGCACCAGUAUACAUCACUCCGCUUGCUGACUGGCACCACAACCAGGCUGAUCUUGGAGCUGCCUGCACUCAAUCUCCUCUCUCCCAGGCAUCUGUACUUGGGCGGUGUUGACAGCGGUGCUCACGCCGAAGCUAAGCGGCUUUUCGAACACAGCGGGCCGCAAGUUGCAAGCCCAAACCCUAGCCCAUCAAAGGCGUCAUUCAAUGGCGUAGUUCGUUUGGUGAAAUUCGACUCUCGGCCAGUUUUCGUGACUUUCUCGGCAUUGCGGAGUAAUGCUGUCCGUGAAGGUUACCGAUCAGAAUGCAGUGAGCAGCCCUGUCCGACAACACAGUAUACAUGCAGUCAAGUGGAGUCUGCGGCUGUACUGCUGCGCUACAGCUGUUCAUGUCCUGUCCAGAGCAUGUGCUCUGCUGACAGCGCUGACAACGAAGCAACGCCAACACCAGUAUCUACUGCCAUGCCUAGCUGGCUCAGCAUCCAGGCUGCAGCACUGCGCCUGGCGGAAGGUUCCAAGAGCAUUGUAUCGAUGACCGCAAGCACGGCUAGUGGUUACACGCUAGACACUGGAUCUCUAACUGGUCCGUAUCUGCCUGCUGGUGGAUCGCGCGUGUUUAUGGUCAUCACGAAACCACCUCAGUAUGGAUAUUUCCAGUUGGAGACCGGGGAACGUGUCACCAAUCGUGUACCACUAGCCACUGUACUUGGUGGACAACUGCACUAUGUACAUGAUGGCUCUGAGAGCAGCUCCGAUGACAUGCACGUGGACUUCGUAACGGCCGAGGAGCUCCUGUUGCUGAAUGCCAGUGUGCAGAUUACCAUCGACCCUGUUGAUGAUCCACCGCACUUUGUGAAUGUUGGUCCACUAACACUGGCAAGCGGCUCUCGUCUUCUUGUGACCAGCAGCACCCUGUCCGCAGCAGAUGAUGACAAUCCAGCAGAGGACAUUAUUUUCAAUAUCACCAGUGCAAUGGCAACGGCGGAUGUUCCUGGACAUUUCAAGCACCGGCGCAACAGUGGCUCCCAGCUGAUAUUCAGCCAAGCGGACGUUGACAACAAUUGGAUUUUGUUCGUUCAGUCAGUACCAACACGACUGACAGAGUUCACCGUCAAUAUAACUGUCGCGAACAAGCUCCAGCAGUCCGCAGCCCCUGUUGUUGGUCAGCUAAAAGUGCUCAUUGCUGAAGCGCGUAUAGAUCUGACAGUGCCGACCGGACAUCUUGCGGUCGCGUUCAAACAAGUAACUCUGCUGUCGUCUGCCAACCUCACGCUCACCACGUCGUUUAAUCAUCAGAAGCCGAAACCGAAAUUGCACUUUAUUGUCGUGAGGCCGCCGAUGCUGGGGUACUUUGCGUAUCGAGGCAGCGACGACGACUGGAAGCCAGUUCAGAAUUUCUCCGUGGCACACGUGGACAACGAUCGCGUAGCUUACGUGCACAUCAAGGAGAGCAUUGAGACGCACGACAGCGCCGAGCUGGCAGUGGGUACCGGCCACUACACGCAGAACAAGACGUUCACCGUACCCAUGCGUGUACACCUGCCAUUCACACCCGUACAGGUAGCAGCGACCGUCGUCUUGCAGCCGGUCAACGUACGCGAGGACAUGACCGUGUCGUUCUCAGCCGACAAUGUGCAAAUCCGCUACAAUCCACCGUCGGAGAGAAACGGCAAAAUGGAGUUUGUCGUGCAGAGUGUGCCGUCGGGCGGCCGCCUAAUAAGCGGAGACGUGAAGCUUGUACGUGUGAAUACCGUGCUGCCAGUGUCUGAAGUGGCGGGCUUCACUUUCAUUCAGCUUGGUUCUCAGUCGGGGGACACUGUGCUUGGCUUCUGUGUACGUCCUAUAGCGGCCACGUGGCCACUGGAUCUAAAGCCACCAGCGGAGUCCUGCGGCCAUGAGCUACGCAUCCGGAUCACUCCUGUUGACGAUGAGCCAGUGGAAGUGCGCACUGGUAGAAUAGUGGUGGGUGAAGGAUCACGCGCACAGCUCACCAACAAGACACUGCUGUUCCGAGAUGAGGAGAGUACUCCAGCUCAGCUAACCUUCACAUUUGUCGACUUGCCGAAUGGCCACUUCUACAAGCUACCUCGACAUAACCAGUCUGUGACCAGAUUCACACAGGAGGACAUCAACCGAGGUCUUGUGGGAUUCCAGCACACACUGGGAAAGCUGUUGGAUGGGUCGCUUCGCUUCCAGCUCAGGGAUGGCUACCACGUUUCAUCAACCUAUCAACUGAGUAUCAACGCCAUUCCACUGAGUAUUGAUGUGCGUCAAGGAGCCCAGCGUGCAGUACCCGUGUCGGCUAUCAGUGGCAAUCCGGCCGGGACCGGAACACUGCAAACACAGCAUCUACCGGUGUUCACGUCUAACCCUGAGCAGGAUGUUCACCUUACGUUUGCCAUCUCCAAGCCACCCCGCCAUGGUACUGUAGAGUGUAUUGUGCAGGACAGUGGAGACUAUACCGCGGUCGAUCGCCUGACCUGGUCCGACUUACAGUCUGAGCAAUGUCGAUACCGGCUGUCAAACCUGACAAUGCGCAAGAAGGUCGAUGCUAUCCGUGUGACGGCGACCAUUGGCAAGACCAGUCGACAACAUCUGCGCGUCAACGUCACCAUCGAACCCAUGCCCGACAUUUCCGUGCGGGUGUCACCUACCGGCCUGUACAUUGUCCAAGGUUCUAGCGCUGUGCUUAGUGCGAACGAGAUUGCAAUUGUAUCCCAAGACGUUCCACUUUCACAAAUCUUCAUCACUGCCGAGUACGUCUCGCCGUUCACCAAGCUACAACUGACCUCCAGUGGUAUUCCUGUGAGUCGCUUUUCUGCUCGGGAGCUCAACGCUGGCAGCAUAUCCUAUGCUUUGGAGAUGACAGCACCAUUAGACCAGGUGUUACACUUCAAGUUCUUUGUGACGAACGGCUAUCGCAAUACUAGCUCAACUCAACUAGCAGUCACUCCCUACGUGGACCACAUCCAGUUGGACAGUGGCGUCCUGGUCGCAGGAGAAGGGAAAACCACUGACCUAACUGUUGAUUCGCUCACUGCUCGCGGUCCUCCGGAGCACAGCAUUCUGCUUGUGAUCACAACACCACCACAGCAUGGUCAGUUGCUAUCACCUACUAGUACUACUGGUGCCACUGCACUCACUGAAAUACCCCUGGAAUGGUUAUCCAACGGCAGGGUCCAGUAUGUCCACGAUGGCUCCGAGUCUCCGAGUGACCACUUCAACUUCACUGCAAUGCUCCGGCCUAUAGAUAGCCGAAGCCUGGUGCCUGCGUAUACACAAGACAUAGCUGGAUCAUUGAACAUAGCCAUUACGCCCAUCAAUGACAAUCCACCGCACGCUGUGACGACGCAAGGACAGCUCGUCAAGGUGAACGUCGUUCAGUACGGGCAGGCGAUCUUGACCAGCCUGUACCUGCAGUAUACGGACGCCGACUGGGACUACGACAGUGACAACUUGGUCUAUACCGUGCAGCUGGGGCCUUUCCAUGGCACCAUAGCUCACAGCAGCAGCAACAACACUGCAUCGGUACCAACAACCUUGACAUCCUUCACUCAGCGUGAUGUCAACACUAACCAGGUUGUAUAUCAACACAAUGGAGAUAGCGAUACAACUGAUCUGCUCUCUUUCAAGGUUACAGACGGCAAGAAUGAAGUCCGAGGAGCGUUGACCUUCCAAAUCACACCCCUACGACUGGACUUCCAACUCGCAACGCUGGAGAUGGUUGAAGGGGGAGCACACCUGUUGCAUGCCGCUUUCGGAGAGGCAAGAGUGCCUGGCUCGUUCAUGCAGGUGACGAGCAAUCUUGAACGACUGAACAUGGACCUGCUGGAGUUCAAUGUAACUGAGAACGUGAAACACGGCAUGCUGCUGAACGGGGGCAAGCAGGUGACUGGCGGCAGCAGCAUUGUCCUGAAAGACCUGCUGCAGGACAACAUGGUAGUGUACCAGCAUGAUGACAGUGAUACAUCAGAGGAUGAAUUUGUUCUUCUACCCGUGUACUCCAGAACAGCGUAUCCGCCACUGCGUGUCGAUAUACACAUUAGACAGGUGGACGACACACCGCCUGUGCUUGUGAACAAUGAACAUAUCAUUGUAGAAGAUGGCGGCGAGACUACUCUAGGCAAGGACAUGCUCCGAGCAGUCGACACGGAAGUACCGGCAGAUGAACUAGUGUACAGUGUGGCGCUCGCGCCAAGCCAUGGAGUUCUGCUCGUCGGCAACACCACGGCUCAGCGCUUCUCUCAGCGCGACGUGGACCGCAGCCUGGUAAUGUACGAGCACCGUGAAGGCGAGCGCCUUCACGACCACUUCCUGUUGAACCUCACCGACGGACACAACGCGCCAAUAGUGGUGUGUGUUGGCGUUGUGGCCCUUCCUGCACGCAUUCCACUGCUUGUGAAUGACAUGGUUGUGCAAGAAGGUGGCCAGAUUAGGCUAGACAAAUCAACUAUCAUUGUUGAUCAUGCCUAUCUUGCACAUCAAGCAGUGAGUGUGCAGUUCCUCAAGCUGCCAGUACAUGGUAAGCUGUAUGUGACCAAUGGUGAAGACAUGAGCAACGAUGCAGAAGUACAGGAAAUGCACUCUGUGAGCUUAGCGACUAUCCACCAUGGUCAACUCGUCUACAAGCACGGCCAUUCCGACAACAACUCGGAUAUGUUCCAAAUCCAGUGUUCACUUGGACAGAGGCGCAGCUACAAUGUGACAGUGCACAUCACGGUCACGCCAGUCAACGACCAGAGGCCUGCACAGCAGUCGUCCGAGAAGCCCAAGUUGAACGUCUGGUACAAUGUACCGGCAACCAUCACGUCGACUGUGCUGAAGUUUGUUGAUGCGGAUACUUUACCAUCGCAGUUGAUAUACACUGCGUCUAACCUGAACAAUAGGCAGCUGGUCAUCUCUGGAAACACAACCGACUUGACGACAUUCAGUCAAGAGCAGGUAGACAAUGGUGAUGUUGCUGUUCUAGUUCCUGCACCGAUUGCUGGCCAUGAUGAUGAUGAGGACGCCAGCAAUAGCCAGUAUCUAGUGUUCAGUAUGACGGAUGGCGUGCACAAAGAUGUCGCCGUGUUAAAUCUCUAUGCCAGAGCACUCGUGCUGAACGUGAAGGCUGCAACGGGGUUCACCGUGCAGGCAGGCCAGUCUGUUGUCUUCAUUGCACAAAACCUCAGCGUUGCGUCGAAUGACCCGACAACACCAUACACGUAUAGCUUCAGCCUGUCAUCAUCACCUGAUCGUGCACCCAGGCAUGGCUACGUAGCGGUGAAUUCCAGCCAAGCCACUUCAUUCAGCAGCACCGACUUGAACGACGGCCUGGUCGAGUAUCGACACACCGACACAGAGUCGUGGGCACCUCGCGAUCGCAUCGAGUUACUGGUACACGGUAUGGACACGCCAGUCUCACUGAGCACCCGUGUAGUGCUACAUAUAACAAUCGUACAUCCGACCGCAGAGAACAGCAACCUGGCCGUCAACACACCGCUGACAGUAGUGGAAAAUCAUGCCUCGGUGCUCAGCUCUAGCAAUCUCCGCUCUGGCAAUCUGCGCGCCAAGAUGGCAAAUGAACACCGCCUGCGUGUGCGCAACGUGGCAGUUCUCUUCAGCGUUGUUCCGGGGACCCCAGCACACGGAGCACUGCGUUCAGGCGCUACUGUGAAUGAGUCGGUGGCCGUGCAGGAGUUCACGCAAGACGAUGUCAAUGACCAGGAGCUCUGGUACGUUCAUGACGGCUCUGAAUCAUUACGUGAUCAGCUUGGCUUGCUAGUACAGGUUAGAAGUUUGCUGGACAACGCCGUGCUGGGUUCUUUCAACGAGACACUGGGUGUGAUUAUCACGCCGAUCAAUGACAAUCCAGUGAACCUAUCCCUGUUUGACGACUAUCUCGCUGUGACGCAGGCCAUGAUGACCCAGCUCACCGCGGAUGACUUACACCUGUAUGAUGUAGACAGUUCACAGGAGACGAUUCAUAUUUCCGUUGUCCUGGAUGCAGGCAGCCCUAGUCCAUUCUAUGUUGGAUCGGAUCCGACUGCAGAGUUCACGAAGACCGAUGUGGACAGCGGUGAAGUGCACUUCAAGGCCGGUGACGCACUGGGAAACUACACGUACGAUUUGAACGUAUCGGACGGCGUGCACACCGGGCAAGUCACGCUGCUUGUUGAAGUGAUCGCGCAGACCCUGGAGAUCACACCGGCAGUAGAACCGGUGUACAUCGUACAGGGUAGCAAGCAGACGACGGUCACUGACGUUAGCCUGCCCGUGACGACCGAUAGUCCCGACGAUGAAGUACUGUUCAACGUGACCGUACCACCCAAGUACGGCACACUCUUGAUCUCUGGUGGUGAUGACCCAGUGGAGUUAUUCUCCUUGGAAGAGCUCAAGUCAGGGAGUGUUCAGUAUCACCAAAGUGACAUGAGCCAAGCCAGUGACGAGUUCGUUGUCGUUGCCAUGAACCGCUUCACGCAAACCGACCCCGCCGUGACGUUCAUCCAGGUGUCUGCUCUAGUGAAGACCUCCGCCGAGCCAGAAGCCUUCAGCUUUGAGGACGAGAGCAUACCCGUUCAGCAGAUCCUGGAUGUGAGUGAGUUGGUGGACAAGACGAGUGGUCCGGUCUACAUCAGCAUUCAGCAAGCACCCGUAUAUGGCGCUGUGGUGUGGAGAGAUGAUAACAAGCAGAGACGGCGUCGGGCUACACAGCAACAGACGAUUGAGUCGUUCAAUAGCGACGAUCUGGCCAAUGACAGAGUCGUGUACGUGAAGAACGAGCAAGUGCCUGAUGGCAACUACCAAGACGGCUUCACUGCAAAGCUGACCGCAGCCGGAGUGCAACCGGCCGUGGCGCGGGUAGACUUCACGCUUGAUCGCGACAAAGCGCCAUCUAACGGAGUUGAAGAGCCAGUAAGAACGGCUGCACCGCCAUCAGCACGUACAACGGCGGUUGAAGAGGAGGCAGCAUCAGGCAAUGACGAUCUACUCAGCCAGGUGAUCAUCCCAGCUACGGUUGGUGGAUUCCUGCUGCUCCUGAUCAUCCUGGUGUUCAUCGUGCUGGCCAUGCGCGGACAGCGGCGACGGCGCAUGAAAGUGAGCAACCGUCCACGCAAGAACACAACCAGUGAUAUCCCGCGCACCAACAGCAGCCCAGUUCUGACCAGCCACAGUCACGGCAGUAUGGGGGCAAUGCGCACACACAGCCGAGUGGCAAUAUCAGAAGUUUCCACUCCCACGCCGCCACCGCCACCUCUUGACGAAGAGGAGUAUCGCAUGACGCCGUCAAUACUCGAGCCGGCUGUAAACCCACCACCACCACCCCCCGCGGAAGCCAUGGGUGCUCCUCAGACAACCAUCACGGACGGUGACUACAUGCAGAUCUCGGCAACGAGCACGUUUGCACCACGUAGGACGCCCCCGCCCACUAGCAGUCGAGACAGGAGCUUCACACUGCCUAGGAACUUCAACGGGUCGCUACAGCACCAGCAGCCGCACUCGUAUCUAGUGCCACCGCGUGUCAGCCAGCGGUCAUGCUCUGACAAGAACCUGGCGAAUGAUGGUGGACUCCUUGCUCAGUCGAACCACCCGAUCAUGUCUCACCGCGAGUCUGCCUACGCCGCCUCCGCAACGCUGCCACGAGUGGCUGCCUCUCCGCCGGUGUCCGGCAGCCAGCUGCACGACCGACAUGGCGGCGGUGGUGGUGCAAAGCUGAACGGCAACACUGGCUCUGCAGGCACGCUCAACAGCCAGGAGAGCCUGGGCAGCGCGAGCAUGGCCGAGUACGAUCGCAUCUACGACAAGGUGUUCGAUAAGAGCAGCAUCCACUCUAGUGUGUCGGCAGUCAACAAGUCGGGCGCCACAGCACUGCGAAAGCCAGAGUUCUGGGUGUGAUACGUGUAAACGCCUGUGCACCGGUCACCUGAAAGUUGAAAAGAGUAUUCAUAUCAUGUCUAUAGGAUAACAGCCGUAUCCCGGGGUCUCAUCCAGACUGCAUCCAGUCUGCAGUAAUGGCUGCAGUAAUGGCUGCAGCAAUGGCUGCAGUAAUGGCUGCAGCAAUGGCUGCAGUAAUGGCUGCAGUAAUGGCUGCAGCAAUGGCUGCAGUAAUGGCUGCAGCAAUGGCUGCAGUAAUGGCUGCAGCAAUGACUGCAGUAAUAUGACCGCACCAUGGAGUAUUUUCAACAUGCACCGUUGAGCAAAAUUUUAUGCAGACUUCUAGGAGUUUUACUCAUAUUUCUCUUGAUCAGGCAUGUACAAUUUGAUUUGUUUAUGAACUGCAUAGUCGGUUACCUAUUCACUCGAUCACCAGAAAACCAGCGGAGAAGUACAUACAAUGUAGACGGUUGUCUACUUGUGAUAAAAACGUGUAGCAUGUAGCUCUUCUCCAUAGCCACCUCACUCUUCAUGCGCUGCUCACUGGAGACACAUGAUCCCCCCGACACCAUCAUGAACCAUAGCAACUGCUUUUAAAAACAAUCAGCUUUUUGCUUUUCGUACGUACGUAAUUAUUACGUAGAACGAAGCCUCCCUAUUGUUAGUAUUAUUAUGAUGCCUAAUUUUGAAUUCCUGACAUUGAUAUUGUUCAUAUUUAAAAACUUCUGUGCUAUUUUGAAUCAUGCAGAAUCUGGAAAAACCGGA